CUGUGAACAGAAGCAGUCCGGAAACAUUCAGCAGUUUUGCAUGCACUGCUUUGCGGCAUUAUUGCAGCAUUCUCUGUCUGGAGAGGGCAGGAGGCCAUGCAGAAACAUACAAGGGGAAAAGGGGAGAUAAUGGUGCCCAGUUAUUUUUAAGAGUUCAAGCUUGUUUUUCCACUGCCAGACAGUGUCUCUCUUCGACACACUCUUAGUAUCUAUAAUAGCAUUCAACCUUUCUUUUGGGUUUUUUGAAGCUAACCGUUUUUUCCAAACAUGGGGUGCUCCUCAUCCAGUGCACAGACUGUUGACCAAGAGAAAAGGCCAGGUACAAAACCAGAAGAGAGCAAUGGAGACACACUGGAUGGGAGAAAUGCCAUCAACACAGAAGAAGCACAAACCAUCGAGGACCAAAUGCAGUUGCCCGUGCAGACGACCUUACCGGAGGAUCUUCAGCCGGGUAGUGAUGACGAGGCAGAGGUUGUGUUAGUAGCCCUGGAGGCUAAGGAGGAUCUUAACUCAGGGGUAGACCUUCUCCCUGUACCUGAGCCUCAGCAAGAGCCUGUUGCCACUGCAGACUCCACUACAGAGGCCGCAUCUCCGGCUGAAGCUCCGGCUGAGGCCUCCGCCGAACCUGAGGCUGCUUUAGUGGUAGUUGAGGAGCUACCCGUUGUGGAAGAACCUGCCCCUGUCGAAACUACAGAUACUGAAGCCACUCCAGAAGUGGAAAUCUUAGUUGAGUCUACUGAGGAGGUCUCCUCAGUGGAAUCUGUUGUAGAUACACAGGCAGAUCCCCAUGCUGUUGCUGAGGAGACGACUGCUGGGAUAGCUGAGGCCUCUUCUGAAAUUGACCCCCCUGCUGUCGAACCUCCUGCUGUCGAACCUCCUGCUGUCGAACCUCCUGCUGUCGAACCUGUCAUAUCCGAGCCAACAGAAGCUCCAGUGGCAGAAGAAGAGGCAGCAGAUUUAGUAACUGAGGUCCCUGUCGAAGUGGUUGCUCCUGUAGAAGCAGAGGCUCCAACUGACAAUGCUGCUGUUGAUACUGCUUCAACAGCACUUUGUGAAUCUGCAGAAUCAACUGAAGCUGAAGCACCAGUGCAAAGUGAUGCACCUGUGCAAAGUGAAACACCAGUGCAAAGUGAUGCACCAGUGCAAAGUGAUGCUCCCGCACUGGUUGAGCCGGCAGCCCCAGGUGAAGGUGUAGCACCGGAUGAAGUUUUAACAGAGAAUGAAGUCUCAGCACCUGUACAGCUUGAAGAUCCUGUAAUAGAUACCAGUAUUGCUGUUGCAACAAUUCCAGUGAUGCCUCCACUGUCUCCAGUGAUGGUCCAAGCUGAGCCUCAGCCCUCUGUUGAAGACACAACGGUGCCUUCUGCGGCCCCAGCCAUCACUGCCCCGACAGCAGAGGCCUCGCCCUGCCACAGUGAAGCCGCUCCUGAGGUCGGUGCAGCCCUAGAAGCUUCUCUCGAGGUCGUAUCCACCCUAGAAGACUCUGCUGCACCUUCAGCUUCUGCUCCCACGCUCUCACUUGAAGUGGUGUCUGAGGCCUCACAGGAUACAGAGAGAGAAAAAUCAAAAAAGGAGGAUUAAAUUGAGAGAAGAGCCUCACCAAAGAUCAAAAUCCAUCAAGCUACCAGCAACUGGAAGAAAAACACAAGACACAAACACCAGUAUUCUGUAUUGUAAUUGUCAUUUCUCACAAACUCCACAGAUUCACUGCCUUGUUAAACUAUCAUUUUCCUACAUUUGAAAUACAAGACUUUCUUUGGAGACCUUACAUGCGUCCACAUAAUCAGGCCUUUUCAAAUCAGGUGGCAUUAACUCACUGACAUGACAUGAAUUUGAUUCAAAUCUGUGAACUUCUGUAGCAGUGUUAAAUAAAGGAUGCAUACUUAAUAUAUUCUUCACUAUUUAUAAUAGCUGCUUUUGUGAAAUACAAGCCAAAUAAAAAUGUGAAAGCAAACGCCGUUAAGGCACAAAAACAUCAACCUAGGUGAUGAACACAUUGCUACGUACAUGACAGCGUCUUUUUUUUUUUUAUAGUUUACGAAACUGAUUUCAAAAGACGACAUUUUCCAUGGUUUUAUUUAAAAGUUGUGUACAUGAUAAAUUCUGAUAAAAAUUCACAAGUUUCUUUGUUUUUACUCCAAAUUUGAAGUGCAGCCUUUCUUUAAACAUUUACUGCAUUGAAGGGAAAACUGGGUAACAGAGGGAACAGUGUAAUACUGAUUCAAACUCAUAUUCCUUAUGUCUUUUUUUUUUUUGUUUUCAGACCAAAGUAUGAAUACAAUUUGUUUUGGUGAGCACUGGGAGGGGAAAAAACAACAAAAAGGAAGAUGCAAAUGGAAAGAUGACUUAUGACAGAAUGAAUCAUUGCCAGGAGUAGGACAUGGAUGCUCUUAAAUACUGAUACUAUGCCAUCUUGAGCAACUACUUGUGCCUUACUGUUCAAAAAAAUGACUGUGCCUUAAAGUUCAUACAAUGAUUUACUUAUUAAGGUGUUUCAAAGUUUCAUUUUAAACCCUUUACUGGGCCUGAUAUCAUGUGAACAAUACAUUUUGUACUUGAGUGCAUUAUAUACAUUCUAGCAUAGCAAGAGAUUACCUAGUAGACAUGAGUUUAGAUAUUUAGUUCUGCACCCUGGUUUAAAAUGUAGUUUGAAUAUCAUUUUGUGUAUGAUGUGAUGGAUGUUUGGGAAGAAAAGUCUGAUGUCUGAUGUCUUUUUUCAUCUAUUUCCUUCUGAUAUAUUAUUUCUUUUUAUUAUUUUUCUGAGCCUUGUUUACAGUUCUGCAAGAGAAUAGAGUUAUACAUUCUAAUAAAUGUUAUUUUUAUUC